AUGAAUAAUUUUUCCUUUGUGGGAAGAUCCGGUCCGACAUGCGUUGAUUCGUACUCUUCGGGGCGGUAUCCCAUAACUUCCGACAGCAUAUCGAAUUUUCCUCGGGACGCACGAUCACCCAGUCCUCUAUCUACCAGCGAUAGGAAAGAGUCAAACAACUUACCGUUUGCGAAUAAAUAUGGUUCAACCAACGUAUCAUCACGAGACUCGGGAUACAAUGUGGAACCCAUUGUUGUCCAACCUUAUGAGAUUGAGGAGCCUGACGACUACAAUGAUGGUGAUAACGGCAAUGAUCCUUGCGAUCAACCGGGGGAGCCGAUGAACUCAAACUCAUCGGUAUCUGUAGGACGGUGUCAGGAAGACCUGGUUAACUACAUGCAAGAUCUUGGUUGUCACUCAGAGACUAACGGUUCUCAAAUGCGCGCCGGCCAAAGCAAAGGAAAGAAGCGGAGAUCGUCUAAUUACUCUCUUUCACGACGUAGCUCCUGGACAGCAUCCAGUCUCGGUAAUAGCAGAAGCGAAUCGAAUCCGAGACGGCUGCGUAAACGAAGAAGGAAAUCGAAAGCAGAAUUUCUAAGCUCCCGCAGUGCAUUCUCAUCACAAAUUCCUGAUGGAGGGCCAUCAUCUAAAAUCUCUAAUUCUCCAUCUUCAGGAAAUGGUGGUAUGGAGACUACGAAUCGAGUAGCUGGUGUGGAUGACAUGGAUGUGGAUUGA